GAGAGAGAGAGAGAAAGGAAGAUCAUCGAUAACAGAUAAAGAUAUCAGAGAGGAACAACCACCGCCAUGACCAUCAUACUCUUCCUGGUGGACACCUCGUCGUCCAUGUGCCAGAAGGCGUAUGUGAAUGGGGUGCAGAAGACGUAUCUGGACAUUGCCAAGGGCGCCGUGGAGACGUUCCUGAAGUAUCGCCAGCGGACGCAGGACUGCCUGGGCGAUCGCUACAUGCUGCUGACGUUCGAGGAGCCGCCGGCGAAUGUGAAGGCCGGCUGGAAGGAGAACCAUGCGACGUUCAUGAACGAGCUGAAGAACCUGCAGAGCCACGGCCUCACCUCGAUGGGUGAAUCGCUGCGCAACGCCUUCGAUCUGCUCAAUCUGAACCGGAUGCAGUCGGGCAUUGAUACGUAUGGCCAGGGUAGAUGUCCCUUCUACCUGGAACCCUCGGUCAUCAUUGUGAUUACGGACGGCGGACGGUAUUCGUACCGGAACGGUGUCCACCAGGAGAUCAUACUGCCGCUGAGCAAUCAAAUACCGGGCACAAAGUUCACCAAGGAGCCCUUUCGCUGGGAUCAGCGCCUCUUCUCGCUGGUCCUCCGGAUGCCGGGCAAUAAGAUUGACGAACGCGUGGAUGGCAAGGUGCCGCACGAUGAUUCGCCCAUCGAGAGGAUGUGCGAGGUGACGGGCGGCCGUUCGUAUCGCGUUCGCAGUCACUAUGUGCUGAAUCAGUGCAUCGAGAGUCUGGUGCAGAAGGUUCAGCCUGGUGUGGUGCUGCAGUUUGAGCCGCUGCUGCCGAAGGAGGCGGCAACCGCUGGCGGCGCAUCGGCGGGAACGAGCGCCAUAUCCAUAUUAGCCGCGGGAAUAUCGGGAAUAGCAUCGGGAGCCCCGGAGCCGCCGCCCGACAUUGUCUUCCAGCCGGUGAAGAAGAUGAUCUAUGUGCAGAAGCACAUAACGCAAAAGACCUUCCCCAUUGGCUAUUGGCCGCUGCCGGAGCCUUAUUGGCCAGAUUCGAAGGCAAUAACGCUGCCGCCGCGCGACGCACAUCCCAAGCUGAAGAUCCUCACGCCGGCGGUGGAUGAACCGCAGUUGGUGCGCAGUUUUCCCGUGGAUAAAUACGAAAUUGAGGGAUGUCCGCUGACGCUGCAGAUCCUCAACAAGCGCGAGAUGAACAAGUGCUGGCAGGUGAUUGUCACGAAUGGAAUGCACGGCUUCGAGUUGCCCUUUGGUUAUCUCAAAGCGGCGCCCAAUUUCUCGCAGGUGCAUCUCUACGUUUUGGCCUACAAUUAUCCCGCGCUGCUGCCCAUUCUGCACGACCUCAUCCACAAGUACAACAUGAGUCCGCCGAACGAUUUGAUGUACAAAUUCAAUGCGUAUGUAAGAUCCAUACCUCCGUAUUACUGCCCGUUUUUACGCAAAGCUUUGGUCAACAUCAAUGUGCCGUAUCAGCUGCUGCAAUUUCUGCUGCCCGAGAAUGUGGACAACUAUUUGUCGCCGACGAUCGCCAAUCAGCUGAAGCACAUCAAGAAUACGGCCAAGCAGGAUCAGGAGAAUCUCUGCCUGAAGGUCUACAAGCAGUUGAAGCAGCCAAAGCCACCGUAUCGCCAGGUGGAGACGGCUAAACUUUGCACGGGAGCCGCGUUGCGAAGGGAUUUGGUGCGGCAUCCGCUGCUAAGGGAUACAUUUGCUAAGCUGCAUGCUGAAAUUGAGCCCGUGGAGAAUUAUACGAUUGUGGUGCCGCAGCUGACGCAUCAAUCGUCGGCGAAAACGUAUCGCAAUCCCUUUGAUAUACCGCGUCGCGAUUUGGUUGAGGAAAUAGCGCGGAUGCGCGAGACUUUCCUGCGACCCGCCUCGCUGGUGGCCAAGGAUUCGGGCCACUGCCUGCCCAUCGCCGAGAUGGGCAACUAUCAGGAGUACCUCAAGAACAAGGACAAUCCGCUGCGGGAGAUUGAGCCGACAAAUGUGCGGCAGCACAUGUUUGGCAAUCCCUACAAGAAGGACAAGCACAUGGUGAUGGUGGACGAGGCGGAUCUGAGCGAUGUGGCGCCGAUGAAGUCGCCGAAUGGCAAUGGACCGGGUGGAGCAGCAGGAUCGCCAGCAGCAGGGGGUUCGGGAACCUCAUCGCCGGGAUCUUCGCCAGGUGGAGGAGGUUCCAGUGGUCCAGGGAUGCCCGGAAUGGGUGGCGGAAUAUCUGGAUUGAUGUUAGGAGCCGGCGGAAGUGGAGGAUCCUCUAAAAAACUUGAUGGAACGGCGAGGGGGCGAAAGAGGAAGGCGGGUCCGCUGCCGCGUGCCUUUGAAUUUCGUCGCAUGUCCACGGAUUCGCGGUCUUCCUGCUCCAGCGCGGUAUCCUCUGUGUCCACAACGGGCAGUGCGCCGGGUUCACCCAUUCCGGGAGCCACGUCAUCUGUAGUUUUGGGAUGCGAUUCCUCUGGGGGAUUAGAAAGUGGGAGUCCAAAUGCCACUUGCUUCGAUGAGGACAGCAAUAGCAACAGCAGCUUUGUGAGCUCAACUUCAGAGGCUUCUUCAAGUGAUUCCGGAAUGUCUGGGAUGUCCGAUCGCUUGGGCAUUGGCUUUGAUUUCAACGAGGAGGAGACUAGCGACCAGGACACGCCGCUCAAUGGCUAUGUGCAUAAUUUUAUCAAUGGUAUAAGCGAUGAUGCGACAGCGGGGGAAACGGAGGCGGUUCCAGGAGGCACUUUGCCAGUUGCGAGUGCCUCUCCAGUUAGCGAAACGACAGUUGGAACUUUACAAGUUGUUACAGCAGCAAUACCAGCAGGAGCAGCCGUAGCAGCAGCAGCAUCUGUGAUCCCGGCCAGCAAUGGCGGGGAAGUUUGCGCCAGUAGUUCCAGUAGCUCCAUCAGUUGCAGCUCCAGUUCCUCACCAGGAGUGCUCUAUGUGCCGCUCAACGGACUAACCACCCAUGCGGCCUACAGCAGCAAUCUGGGCAAUCUGGACAACAACCUGAGCUCUGGAGCAACGGGAUUACUAAGCCUUAGUAAGCCGGGUUCCCUGCCCUUGGCCAAUGGCUAUGGAAAUGCGCACAGUUCAUCGGUCAUCUCGCCACCAUCUCCCUUGUCUUUGGUGCCUCCUGCGCCGAUUGCCAGCAGCUCAAGCAGCUCCAGCAGCUCCACUUCCGCCUACUUCAGCCACAAUGACAUCAAUGAUGCCUCGGAGAUCUCGCGGAUACUGCAGACGUGUCACAAUGGAACCAGUGGAGGCAGUGGAAGCGUAGCAGGAACAACUAGCAGCAAUUUAAAUGGCAAUGGAAGCGCAGAGAGUGCAGGAGGAGCAGCCUCCUCCGCCGAAGAUCACAACUCGCUGCUAAGUUUCGAUGCCUUGAAACGAAACGCGGGACUUGUGGCGGGGAAUCCUCACUAUUACUGGGCCAGCGGACUCAAUCAUCACAAUAAUAACAACAGCAGUGCAGCCUCUGUGAUGGCCAACAAUCACAAUCACCGCAGUAGUCCCUGCAAGCUGGAAGUCAAGAGCAGCGGCAGCGGUUCCAGCUGCGGUUCCUCGCCGACGCACAGCAACAACAACGGCGGGAUGAGCUCACCGGUGGCGGUAUCGUCAUCAUCAUCUUUACUACUGCCCCUCAGCGAGGAGCAACGCGAGGCGGCCAGGCAGCACAACAUUGAGCUGCGACUGCAGAUCUUCCGGGAUAUUCGGCGACCUGGACGCGACUACAGCCAGCUGCUGGAGCACAUGAAUCUGGUGAAGGGCGACCAUGAGAUGCAGUCGGAUUUCGUGGAGAUGUGCAUCGGGGAAUCGUUGCGCUUUCGCAGGCAUCGCAUGGUUUCCAGCCUGCAGGAGUGGUGGGAUCGCAAGCAGGCGGCGGCAACUGGAGGAGGAGGAGGAGGAGUAGCGAGUACUGGAGCGGAGCAGGCCGUCGCCAAGAGUUAACGAUGGCUCAUGUGGCACCACUGAGCCCGCGGGGUCAUCCAAUCCAUCUGUCUGUGAUGUCAACGAAAUCGAAAUCGAAAACGAAAUCGAAGAGCAGCCUCGUCAAUUUCCAAUAUACUGUAAAUAAAUGCCAGGACAGCCAGGAUCAACGCCACGGGGAUAUAGCCACUAUAUCGCAUACCAAGCAACAACCAGCAAAAUCAACAAAAUGCAGCAACAAUUCUAAAGCAGAGAAAACACCACAUUUUUGCGGGACGAUUUCUUAGUAUUUAAAAAAAAAGAAAAGAGUUUAGGAGUUUUUGUAGCAGCAGGCAAGAUACAUGUAAUUACUAAAUAUAUAUAAAUACUUAAGCUAGACGUUAGUUAAUGAUAAAACUUAAAAAAAAACAAAAAGAAAAAAAUAGAUUUUUGUAGCAGCCGUUUAAGUUGUAUUUUUUUUUUUACCUAGUAAUACCUAGUAAUACUUAUACAUACAUAUAUAAAUAUAUUUUUCUCUUGUACUUCUAAGAACCUAGGAAUUAUUUUAAUUAGACUUUUAUCAAAUUAAGUGUAUAUUGUAUGUGUAUAAAAAAAAAACGAAGAGAAAGUUUAGGAAAAGCUUGAGCUUAUUGAGCCUCACACGUUUUAGCCAAUUUUUGUUGGGCCUGUUUCAAUAACACACACACUUCGCUUUGAUUUUAGCCAAAACGAAUAGAGAACGUAAAAAAGAAAAGCACUACACACACACAUAUAUAUAUAAAUAUAUAGUAUAUGUAUUUAUUGCCUAAAUCGGGUCAGCGUUUCAUUAUCUAAAAUAACCGUAUUAUUAUGUUUCUUCGGUUUCCUUCAAUCCUCAUUAUUUUUUUUUUUUUGCUCUUAUUUAUUGUAUACUUUAUUUAAUAUCUAUACAAAUUGUAAUGUGAGCAUAGCCUAAACACACAAUAAUUAUUUGAAAGGCAGACAAAACGAUAAGCAAAAAAAAAAAACGUACCGUUUGUUAUACAUAUAUAUAAAAACAAGAAAAAAGUAAUACAUUUUUGCACUAUUUUUUUACGUGUAUGUUUGUAUGCAUGACCUGUGAGUAAUUGAGUAAUAACAACAGCA